GUCGCCUAUAACAUUAAAUAAUAGCACUCCUGUUUUUAAUUGUGUUUUGGCCGUACACGGUGCAUAACCUACGGGGCGACUGUUUGGCUAAAUCAUGAACUAAUUUAGCCUGUGUCAUUUCUGGGCAUCUGAGACAGAAAAAAAAGUGGGAGACAAGCAACUUUGGCAAAGAUGGAAGAGAACGAACUAAACUAUAAGAUCCACUACACGAUUGGACGGAGGUUAGAUCUUUAAGGAGAGAAUUUCUCAUUUCUGAGCGCGUGGCUUUCAUACAUCUCAGCAGAGAGGUGGAGGUGUGGUUCACAGACAUGCUGGGGGUUUCAAUCAGCAGUCAAUCAUAGACACCUGUGAGCCGUUGCCUCCUCAGGCUCGGACCAGCCACAGAGCGUUUUAAGGUCACAUUUAACCGGCACUCUGAAAAAGUUCAGCUGACAAGCAAAAUGACUCGCUGGAUCUUUGCAAGCCAGUUGCUCCUCAUUGCAGUGUUAAACGUCCAUUGCUUUCCCGCUAAAAAAGAAUGGAGGCAGCAUCAUCCGAAAGAUGCUGACUCCUCUCAUUUGGAUUCGAGGACUGUCCUCCGUUAUGUCUCGCCUCCAGCUGUGCCUGCUCCGCCUACUCAUUUCAAGCCGGUGGGGAAGGAAUAUUCCAGCCCUGACCCCUAUCCAGCAAGCUCUAGUUCAAUUCCCCACACAUUCAGUGGGGUUCCCAACUGGAGUCCAGUGGAGAAGUCUACCUACACUGUGUCCAGAGCAUCUCCACCCAGACCUGCUGCUGGACUUCUUCCCCCUCCGCCUGUGUACGAGCCCGGUGAGCUUGAGCUCUAUGAAGAAAACGUUGAGCAUGGCAACUCUGAAAGGGAAAGUGAGGAGCUAAGCGGGAUGCCGCCUCCUCCUCCUCCUCCUCCAUAUCCCAAACUUUUCUACCAACCUGGGGACUUGUAUGAGUAUUCAGCCAUUUUUGACCAUGGCAAUUCAGAGCGAGAGACUGAAGAUCAAGGUUUCAGGCCCCCUUCUUACGCUGAGGUGGGGGUGUCCACGUCUGAGAGCAGCAGCAGCGGCCACGUUCAGCCGGUCCCUCAGCACCUGACGUCAUUUGGACCAAACCGCCACCACUACUUCCUCUUCUUGUCUGGUCAGCUUCCUCCUGGAACACUGUCUCACUUCCUUAUGGAAAAUGAGAACGGUGCCGAUCAUUGGAAUGAGGUCUACUAUGAGAGAUACCACUACCCCUCUGCUCAAAGCCUUACUCAAGCUCCGGUUCCCGUGCAGCUCCAGCAGAAGCCCCAGACGUCUAAAGUUUAACGGGACUGUAGUCUUCAAACUGAAGUUGAAUGAUGAUGAAAUAUUUUGAAUAAAAUUCUGAAUGAGG